AUGGAUCUUUUCUGUGCUUCUCCAGCUUCCACAGCCAUUUGCUCAAGCCUAGACCAUCGUUCCAUAGUGCGCCAUGGAACUAGACCCAUUGAGCGGCGGAGCUCUAAAUCUAAUUAUGCACCAGCUUGCUCAUCUCAAUUUCCCAUUAGCCCCAGCAGUCCUAACAAUUACAAGAAGAGCAGGAAAAGUUCUGCUAAGCAAAGAGAUAUAAAUAGGAAAAGCUCUGCUGAGGAUAGUAGAUCAGUGAACAGUUCUGUUAAGCAAAGUGAUUUGCGUAGAAAAAGCUCUGCUGAUAUAAGUGAUCUGCAAAGUCGCCCUGCAGCAGCUUCCUCCUCCAGGUAUCUUCUAAGCGAUACAGCACCUUAUAUUGAUUGGAUUUCGGAGUCUGAUCAUCAUGAAGUCGUCCCUGCAAUGGUUCCAGCUAGUACUCAACGUGCAAACCCGAGGCAUACAAAUAGUUCAAUUGAUUUUCUUGCACGGAAAUCUUCUUCAUUGGUUUGCUCUCGUGACUGGGUUUCAGAGGCCGACAAUGGGUCUGAAACUGGAAAUAAGCCCAGGCAUAUGAGCUCAAAUGAUCAUUCUCCUGCUUUAAGAUCUUCUUCGUCAACAAGUUCCCGUCACCAGGUUGUGGUUUUGUGGGUUUCCAUCCAUUGCAAAGGAUGUGAAGGAAAAGUGAGGAAACAUAUCUCCAAAAUGGAAGGAGUUACAUCUUUCAGCAUAGAUUUGGCGACAAAGAGAGUUACAGUGAUAGGAGAUGUGACCCCUUUAGGCGUGCUUGCAAGCCUCUCCAAAGUGAAGAACGCGCAGUUGUGGCCAUCUGGAACAGCAUCGUCAUCAUCAUCGCCAUCGCCAUUUCCUCAAUGGUCAACCUGA